CCUCAAAGCCGGCAGGAUGGGCCAGUGUCCUGGACUUCGUACUGCUAAGAAGCUCCGUAGCCACCAAGGACACCAGAAGUGGCAUGAUAAACACUACAAGAAAGCCCAUUUGGGCACAGCCCUGAAGGCCAACCCUUUUGGAGGUACUUCUGGUGCAAAGGGAAUCCUGCUGGAAAAACUAGGAGUUGAAGCCAAGCAGCCAAAUUCUGCCAUUGGGAAGUGCGUCAGGGUCCAGCCCAUCAAGAAUGGCAGGAAAAUCACAGCCUUUGUACCCCGUGAUGGUUGCUUGAACUUUACUGAGGAAAAAGAUGAAGUUCUGGUUGCUGGAUUUGGUCGCAAAGGUCACGCCGUUGGUGAUAUUCCUGGAGUCCGCUUUAAGUUUGUCAAAGUAGCCAGUGUCUCUCUUUUGCCCCCAUCCAAAAGCAAGAAGGAAAGACCAAGAUCAUAA